UCCAUUAAAUUGCUAUACUGGGGACGUAGGAAGCAGGCUAUACGGUGAGGCUUUCAAGUUUCAAAUGGAAGGAAUCCAUGCAAUGAAUGGUGUGAUCGCGAGUCGUCGGAAACGUGUAGUACGUGAACCAGUGGACGUCGCAUACUAGUCUUUGGUGCUUGCACACGUACGUGUUCUCCUGCUCUCAGACGCCCCCUCGCACGUGCUCCUCUGUCUAUCUUAAGAGAGAGAGAGAGAGAGAGCAGCGCCUGAUUCUAUAGCAGAGUAACGCCUGCAGUAUCGCUUUCCAUCGCCGGUGUUACAGCUUGAGCUCUGACCAGCGACUGAGUACCGAGCGAGAGGGGGAUGGGGGAGAAGGAGAAGAAGCCGGAGGAGGGUAAGAAGGAGGCGGCGGAAGCGAAGGAGAAGCCCGAAGCGAAGGACGAGGAGACGGAGGCGAAGGCGGACGAAAGGAAGGACAGAGGUGGCGGCAGGGAGGAGGAGAAGAAGGAAGGUGGUGACGAAGAGACGAAAGCGGAGGCACCCGCGCCUCCACCGCGGAAGGAGAUAGAGAUGCGCGUCUUCAUGCACUGCGAGGGAUGCGCCAGGAAAGUUAAGCGCAGCUUGAAGGGACUCGAAGGUGACGAGGUUUCUACGUUUUCGUUUUUACUUCCAACAAUGGCGAAGGGGAAGAAGGCGACGAAGGACCCGACGGAGGUGGUGGAGAGGGUCCAGAAGAAGACCGGGAGGAAGGUGGAGCUGCUGACCCCUCUUCCUCCGCCGAAGCCGGAGAAGAAGGAAGAAGAGAAGCCCAAGGCGGAGGAGGAGAAGGAAGAGCCACAAGUGAUCGCAGUGGUGAUUAAAGUACACAUGCAUUGCGAGGCCUGCGCGCAACAGAUAAAGAAGAGGAUAUUAAAGAUGAAACGGGUGCUGUCGGUGGAAACGGAUCUAAAAGCCUCCCAGGUGACGGUGAAGGGCGCCUUCGUAGUAGAGAAGUUGGUGGAGUACGUGUACAAGAGGACCGGGAAACACACGGUGGUGGCAAAGCAAGAGCCGGUAAAGAAGUCAAGGGAAGAGAAGAAGACUGACGUCGACGCCGCCGGUGGUGAUGCGGCCAAGGAAGAGAAGAAAGCCGACGAAACCUGUUGGGUCCAGCCUAUAUGUGGGUUUGGACAAAUGAGCCUUUGGAGCCCAAAUCAAUAA